ACAAGUCAUACACCGUCUAAUGGGUUGUGGAAGAGUCAAAUCUUAUCUUAUCGAUUGGAUGCAUUGGCGCUGGAUAAGCAGCGCAACAGGUUCUGCACGACCAAGCGACCUCGUCCCGAAGCCCUCAUUGCGGGAGGAUAUCGCGUAAUCGCGGCUAGCGAUGGUACAAUGCACGGCCACGUCAAAUCAGAACCAUAUUAGGAUGCCUCCGGUUGUAUAUCAUGCAGAAGCGAGGUGUUAGCUUCUGCGUAGUUUACCGUGAGCAAUGAGGAAAAAGUGUUGCUGGAUGAUGCCAUUUCAUCAAUAGCUGGCAGGCGCGAAGGACAUCUCCAUUCACUGCAGCAGCGGCAUACUCACACGGAAACAAAUAUAAACCACGCGACGACGCGGGCAUUCCGAUGUAAACCUUCCACAACACCAAGCGAGCAUCUUGUACAUAUCCUCCGGCCACCAUGGUCUCCAUCCUGCUCCUCUUGGCCGCCGCAGCCUCCGCCGUCCUCGCCGAUGGCCAAUACCGCUCGCGUCCGGACCUCUCCCCGCCCCAGCUGAACGUCACCGUCGAGGCCCCCGACGCCAACGGCACCGAGUACGUGUUCGUCGCACCGUACGGAGGCUCCCUCGCGCAGCCGGGCGCCUACAUCUACCGCAAGAACGGCGACCUGAUCUGGUCCGGCAUCGGUUACUACGCGGGCUUCGUGGGCAACUUCCACCGCACCACGUACAACGAGCAGCCCGUGCUGCAGGCCUUCCAGGGGACCAUUGAUAACACCCAUGGCGAAGGCUGGGGGUACCAGGUGCUCUUGGAUCAGAACUACCAGCACGUCGCCACGGCCAAGGCGGCCAACCACCGCAUCCCCUCCAUCCACGAGUUCAAUGUCAUCGACGGGAAGACCGCGUUGGUGGAGGUGUACACGCCCACGCCCUGGAACCUGUCGGCGUAUGGGGGCAAUGCGUCGCAGCAGUGGAUUGGGGAUGGGUAUUUCCAGGAAUUCGACAUCGCAACCGGCGACCUGAUCUUCGAAUGGAACGCGCUCGACCACAUCGAUCCAGCUGAAAGCCUGAUCUCCCUGGCCUCCGCGGCGGCCGACAGCGCCCUCACCGCCUCGACGAGCUGGGACUUCAUCCACAUCAACAGCGUCGACAAAGACCGCGAGGGCAACUACCUCGUCUCGUCCCGACACCUCUCGACCAUCUUCAAAGUAAACGGCACCGACGGCCGCAUCCUCUGGCGACUCAGCUAUUCCAACCCCUCCACCUUCACUCUGCCCACCGGCUUCGCCUUCGGCUUCCAGCACCACGCCCGCUGGCACGCCCAGUCCGCAACCAAAGAAACCGCAACCAAAGAAACCAUCUCCUUCUUCGACAACUCCAACGCCGGCACGGGACUAGUGUACAACAACGUCUCGCGCGCGCUCGUCGUGGAACUCGACCUCCACACCAAGACAGCGACGGUGCUGCGCGAGGCGCCCGCGCCGUACGGCAUCAGCGCGGCCUCGCAGGGCGACGCGCAGUUCCUGGACGACGGACGCGUCUUCGUGAACUGGGGGUCGGCGGGUGCAAUGACGGAGUUUGAUGCCGACGACGAGGUGGUGUAUCAUGCGUGGAUCGCCGAGGAGGGGAUGAGUUACCGUGGGUUUCUGGGCAAUUGGACGGGGACCCCCGCGGAGGAGCCGGCCAUCGUGGCGUACCUGGAUGGUAGUGCUAAGCGGGAUGCGUUGAGGGUCUAUGUGUCCUGGAAUGGGGAUACGGAGACGGUCGGGUGGCGGUUUUAUGGGCUCGGUCUGGGGACCGGGAGGAAUGCCACGACCUCCGGGCCGGUGUUUCUGGGCCAGGUGGAGAGGAGUUCGUUUGAGACGGUUUUGGUCACGGAUCGGGUCGGGGUGGCUGCGUCCACGGGCAGGGUUUACGCUGUCGCGGUGGGGAAGGAGGGGGGUGUCUUGGGACGGACGAGGGCGGUGCGUGUGCAGGAGUGGGUGGCCUUGGGUUGA